GCCACGUCAAAGCCCAGCCCACGCUUCGCCGAUGCGCAUCUUUCUCUCCCCCUCUUCGUCAUCCUCGCCGGCGCAGCCUCUCCCGGAUCGUCCAUGGCGGAGGCAUCAGUCUCCCACUCAUUUCGUCCGCUCAAGGUUAAAAUUCUAGGGUUAUUCAAUGGUGCUAAGAACCGAGGAGUGCGACUAGAAACUACAACUUACAUCACUGUCAGCAUAAGCUAAUUCGUUCACCAUUAGCACCUACACCUCUCCUUACUGGGGUAGUGCCUCCCUCAAGAGUCGUCUAUAUUUAAGAGUGUCUUAAAAGGGUGAUGACCUCCGCCAAGAUCAGUUGAUAAGACAUUAAGACCUUAAAAAACAUGAAUGGGUAAUUAUGCAACUCUAUUUUACAUUUAAAGGAAAUCUUUUUUUCCAGUUAUUCAAGUCUGUUUUUCAUUUAAUGAAAACCUUUCUAUAUAUGGUUCAAUGGUAGUCUUCCUGAACCCUGGAAUUACCAUAUAUGCCAAUAACAGAGUAGCAAUCAUUUUAAAAUGGGGGAACACCGUGCAAGUGGUGCUUUUGGAAUUCACUGCGGUCCUGCAUUGCAUGCUCGUCUCAUCUGAUACACUUGUGUAGGCAGCAGCAGUAGGCACAAGUGGUGCUCCGGUACUAUCAGCUUUUUAACACAAGUGGUUCUGCAAGUGCCGCAUGCAAGGCCAGAGACUUGACUGAGCCGAGGGCUGGCAGCGGCACAUGCAAGGCCAAAGACUUGACUGAGCUGAGAGCUGCCGGCGGGAUUGACUGCUUCAGAAGCAUCUGUAUGAGUGGUUGGGACACAGAGAGGAAGGCCACACAAGGGUCAUCUAUAUUGGUUGCUUCAGGGUCUUCCAAGCAUUUCCCAGAGUAGCAGCCGCUUGCCUGCAGUCCUGCCACAACUUCGCAGGAGUAACCGCCUGCUUCUGCGCUGGCCAGGCUCUGGGGCUGCUGCUGCCUCUACAACACCAGAGCUGCUGCUGCUGCUCCACUUCUUCCGUGCACUUGUGCUGUGCCUCGUCUUUUUGGGGAGUUUCUUCUGAGUGUUGCAAUGGAGGCGCUGGUGGCCACCGCGGUCGGGCCACUGGUUUCCUUGCUGAUGAAAAAGGCGUCCAACUCCCUCCUUGAGAAGUACAAGGUGAUGGAGGGAAUGGAGGAGCAGCACAGGAUUCUCAAACGCAAACUUCCGGCCAUCCUCGACGUCAUCAGCGACGCCGAGGAGCAGGCGACGGCCCACAAGGAAGGGGCAAAAGCCUGGCUCCAGGAGCUCAAGACAGUGGCUUAUCAGGCAAGUGAAGUCUUUGAUGAAUUCAAGUACGAAGCACUCCGCCGUGAAGCCAAGAAGAAUGGGCACCUCACCAAACUUGGCUUUGAUGUGAUAAAACUCCUCCCUACUCACAACCGCAUUGUAUUCCGUAUCAGAAUGGGUCCCAAGCUUCGUCAUAUUCUGCAGUCCAUUGAGGCCCUCAUAACAGAGAUGCAGCGCCUUCGGUUCAACUAUCAACCACAGCCGCCGGUGUCCAAGUUGUGCAGGCAGACAGAUUAUGUUAUCAUCGACCCACAAGAAAUUGCCAGUAGAUCCAGAGACAAAGAUAAGAAGAAGAUUGUUGAUACACUACUUGGUCAAGCUGGAAAUGCAGAUCUCGCAGUUGUUCCCAUCAUUGGAAUGGGGGGCCUUGGCAAGACCACAUUAGCGCAGCUCAUAUACAAUGACACUAAAAUUAAGGAGCAUUUCCAGUUGCGGCUCUGGGUCUGUGUCUCUGGUACCUAUGAUGUGAACUCCCUGGCUAAGAGUAUAGUUGAAGCAUCUCACCAAAAGAACGAUAAUAUAGAUAUACCCCCACUGGAUAGACUUCAAAAAUUCAUCAAGGGGCAGAGAUAUCUCCUUGUAUUAGAUGAUGUCUGGGACAGAGAGGUCCAUAAGUGGGAAAGUUUGAAGGGUUGUUUGCAGUAUGGUGGCAUGGGUAGUGCAGUAUUGACAACAACUCGUGAUAAACAAGUUGCUGAAAUUGUGGAUGCAGAUAGAUCCUACAAUCUCAGUCCUUUGGAGGACAGAUUCUUAAAGGAAAUUAUUGAGGCUAGAGCAUUCAAUUCGAAGAAAGAAAAGGCUCCUGAGCUAGUCGAGAUGGUUGAUCAGAUUGUGAACAGAUGUCGUGGCUCUCCUUUAGCCGCAUGUUUGCUGGGCUCUGUACUCCGUACCAAGACCACGGUGAAAGAAUGGAAGGCCAUAGCAUCUAGAAGCAGCAUUUGCACUGAGGAAACUAGAAUCUUGCCAAUACUCAAGCUUAGCUACAACGACCUGCCAUCACACAUGAAGCAGUGCUUUGCUUUUUGUGCUAUAUUUCCCAAGAAUUACAAGAUUGAUGUGGAGAAGCUGAUUCGAUUAUGGAUCGCAAAUGGCUUUAUCCCAGAACAGGAAGAAGAUAGUCUUGAAACAAUUGGAGAACAUAUUUUCAAUGAGCUUGCCUCGAGGUCAUUUUUUAUGGACAUAGAGAAAAGUAAAGAUGUCUCAUGGUAUUAUUCCAUGACUACAUGCAAAAUCCAUGAUCUCAUGCAUGAUAUUGCAAUGUCUGUUAUGGGAAAGGAAUGUGUUGUUGUUGCAACUAAGGAACAAUGUCAAACCAAGUGGCUUCCAGAUACUGCUCGGCAUUUAUUUUUGCUAGGUGAAGAAACAAAUGGUAUUUUAAAUGAUUCUAUGGAGAAAAGAUUCCCUGCUAUCCAAACACUUCUAUCCGAUAGUUUUGUGCAAAUCUCAAAAUACAACUCUUUGCAUGCCUUGAAGCUCUGUAUAGAUGUCAAAUUACUUCUUGUGAAACCAUUAGGGACAACAUCAUAUCUACUGAAAUCAAAGUAUCUGCAUCAUCUAAGGUACCUCGAUCUCUCAGAAAGUUGUAUCGACACACUUCCUGAAGGUAUAAGUAUUCUAUAUAACCUGCAAGUGCUGGACCUUUCCUACUGUUAUUAUCUUGACCGACUUCCGAGGCAAAUGAAGUAUAUGACUUCCCUCCGUCACCUAUACACUCAUGGAUGUGAGAACUUGAAGAGCAUGCCUCCAGGACUUGGAAAACUCACUAGGCUGCAGACUCUUACAUGUUUUGUGGCAGCAGUUACGAGCCCUGAUUGUAGUGAUAUUGCAGAGCUGCAUGAUUUAAAUCUUGGUGGUCAUCUAGAGCUACGCCACUUAGAGACUGUUGAAAAUGCAGAAGCAGAAGUAGCAAGCCUCGGAAACAAGAAGGAUCUUAGAGAACUAACAUUAAGAUGGGCUUCUGUUUGUGACAGAAAGGUGCUCGACAAUUUCAAACCUCAUGAUGGGCUGCAGGUUCUGAGGACGUAUUCCUAUGGAGGAGAGUGCAUGGGCAUGUUGCAAAACAUGGUUGAGAUCCAUCUUUUUCAUUGUGAAAGAUUGCAGUUUUUGUUCAGAUGCGGUACAUCCUUCACUUUUCCAAAGCUGAAGGUGCUUAUGCUAGAACAUAUGUUGGAUCUUGAGAGAUGGUGGGAAAUAAAUGGGAUGCAAGAGGAACAAAUAAUAUUUCCUCUGCUUGAGAAGUUGUCUAUUGGGCAUUGUGGAAAGUUGAUAGCAUUACCUGAGGCACCAUUUCUUCAAACACCGUUUCUUCAAGAAGCAUGUAGUGCAGACACUAGACUGGCGCGUUCACCAUUUCCUGCCCUGAAGGUACUUGAAUUGAAAGAGUUAGCGAGCUUUCAGAGAUGGGGUGCAGUUGAAGAGACUCGAGAACAGAUAUUGUUUCCUCAGCUUGAGAAAUUAUCAAUUCAAAGAUGUCCAGAGCUGAUAGAUUUACCUGAAGCACCAAAACUCAUUAUAUUAGAGAUUGAAUAUGUCAAGCAAGAGAUCUUCCAUUGGGUAGACAGAUAUCUGUGUUCAUUGACCCAGCUGACACUGAGGCUGUACACAGGAAGAACAUCAGAGGUGGACAAGGAGAAAUGGAAUAAGAUAUCCCCUAUCACAUUUAUGAACUUAGCAUUAGACUGUUGGAGCCCAUUCUUUGGAUCAGGUGCACUAGAGUCUUGGGACAAUUUUGUACAUCUUCAAACUUUGGAAAUUAUUGGAUGUGAUGUGCUUGUCCACUGGCCAGAGAAAGUGUUGCAAAGCUUGCUAUCCUUGAGGAAAUUGAAGAUUGUAACCUGCAGAAAUCUUACUGGAUAUACAGAAGCUCCUCUUGAGUCAUCAAAAUCUGAAAGGAGUCAACAACUGCCAAGUCUGGAGUCUCUUGAGUUGAAAUUUUGUGCAAAUUUGGUAGAGAUGUUUGAUGUCCCGGCAUCUCUCAAGAGAAUGAAUAUUUCUGAGUGCAGUAAGCUUGAGUACAUAUUUGGCAAGCAGCAGGGCAUGUCAGAGUUAUUCCAAGGGUCUUCUUGCGAUGAGGCAAUCAUGCCUGCAGCUGUAUCAGAGUCCAUGAAUCAUUUUUGCCCAUGCCUAGAAGAUCUAGAGUUACUUGAUUGUGAUAGUUUACCAGCGGUUCUACAUCUCCCUCCAUCCUUAGAGACAAUCUUUAUUGCUAGGUGCAGUAGUAUUCAAGUGCUGACAUGUCAGCUAGAUGGGCUCCAGAAACCACAAGUCACUGCAUCCACGAAUGUACCAGAGCUGCCGGCAGUAGCAGCAAGAGAGCAUUCGUUUCCUCCUCGUCUCGAUUCUUUAAAGAUAUACUCCUGUGAUAGCAUGCUAGGGGGGAUUCUCCGUCUGCCCAUGUCCCUCAAGCAUCUGGACCUUUUUAGGAGCAAUGGGUGGAUAUCGUUGGAGCCUCUGUCGGCAGAGCACCCCCCAUCAUUGGAAUCCCUUUUGCUUGAAAGCUGUAGGACCCUGGCAUCCCUGCCGAAUGAACCACAAGCAUACAGGUCUCUCCGAUACCUUCGUAUUAAAGGCUGUGCUGCUCUAAAGAAGCUCCCUGGAUGCCUGCAGCAGCGACUGGGCAGCAUUUACUUCAAACAAAUAGCAGCACGUUAUGAAGUGACGGAAUUUAAUCCAUUUAAGCCAAAGACAUGGAAGGAAAUACCAAGAGUUGUCCGUGAGUGGAGGCAGCCUGCUGAAACCGAUGAUCCUGAAUCUCCCACUGACUUAGAGGGUAUGCUAGAAGCUAUUAUACCGAAGAUACUUUUGCAGACAGAGCUAGGCCGCUAGCUUGUUCAGGAACUUUGUAAACUGUUAUUUUUAACCCCGUGGAUGCUACGCUGGCAAUGCUAGCUGGUCAAUUGGGGGAUUUCAAAUUUGCACCCUUCCGGUCAACCUGGUGCUUGCUUUGCUUAUCUGGGCAGAGAAGUCUGAAACAUCUAUAUAAAUAUAGAUUUAUAGGCUGAGGUAUAUGUAAUGCUCCUUCUUCUGUUGGGCUGGAAUAACUCUUCCUUGUUUCCUUAAAAUGACUUGUCGAGUGUUUA